UCUUUGUUUACUACUACCUUUUAUUUUUUUUUGCAAAAAACAAAAAUGGGGUUUGAAACUUACAAACCUACAUUUGUUAUGAUUGCUUUGCAAUUUAUGUAUGCUGCUGUUACUCUAUUUAGUAGAGCUUCUCUUGUACAAGGAAUGAGCCCUAGAGUUUUUGUAGUUUAUAGGCAAACUAUAGCCUUUCUCCUCAUUUCUCCUAUUGCUUUUGUCCCAAGAAGAAAAACAGGAAGUAGUUGCUUGGGAUGGAAGAGUUUCUGGUUGAUAAAUUUAGCAGCUCUCACUGGUGUAACAAUCAAUCAGAAUAUCUAUUUUUCUGGUUUGUAUUAUGCUUCAUCUUCCAUUGCAAGUGCAACUGGCAAUCUUGUUCCAGCAUUCACUUUUCUCAUGGCAUGGGUCAUGGGAAUGGAGAAAGUGCAAAUCAAUAGCUUGAGAAGUAUAGCUAAAGUGAUUGGGACAAUUCUAUGUGUUGCUGGAGCUGUUGCAAUGGCAUUACUUAAAGGGCCAAAGUUGCUAAAUUCAGAAUUCAUUCCAACAAAUGAAUUGUUAGUUCUUGGCAAAGAAAAUAGUGAGAAUCUGAAUAAUUGGAUGCUAGGUGUAAUCUUGCUCAUUGCAAGUGCUUGUUGCUGGUCAUUUUGGCUCAUUUUGCAGGUGACAUUGUCAGCAAAUUGCCCUGAUCAUCUAUCUUUAACAGCCUGGUUAUGCCUCAUGGCUGCAAUUCAAUCUGGAAUUGUCACAUUCUUCUUUGAACCUAAUUUGAAUAGCUGGAAAGUAACUUCAUCUCUGGAAUUCAUUUCUAUCUUCUAUACUGGAUUUUCAUCAGCUGUUUCUUUCUUUGGGCAAGCUUGGUGUAUUUCACGUAGAGGACCAUUAUUUUCUGCUAUGUUCAAUCCUCUAUGCACAGUUAUAGUAACAAUCAUUGCCUCAGCAUUUAUGCAAGAAGAGAUGUACACUGGAAGCUUGGUGGGAUCACUUGCUGUGAUUUUUGGACUAUAUGUGGUAUUAUGGGGAAAGGCAAAGGAUAAAAAAGAGGACAAUAUUUUAGAGGAAGAGCCAGUGAAGCAACAUAUUCAAGAAACAACAAUUGCAAUUCAAGAUUUUCCAGAUUUUACAAGUUUUAAAGUUGAUUUAGAGGAACCACUUUUGACUAACAAAUCAAUAACCAAUAUUGUAGAUGACCAUAUAUAGUAGUAUAAAAUUAAAAAAGAAGAAGAAGUCAUUUGUAGUCAUAAUUUAUCAUCAAUUUAUCAGCAUUAUUUAUUGUGUUGUACGCAGUUAGUCUUUUCUUUUUCUCUUCUCUG